AUGGCUUCCGAUAUCUUCUACACGGGCGGUUUGUUCGCCGCACGGCGUCCGCGAACGGAGGCAGUUGUGGAGAAGGAGGAGGAGGAGGAAGAGGAGGAGGAGGAGGAUGGCGUGGGUGGCCGGCCCAUCUCCGGCAUCGCGGAUCACUGGAUCGCCCGCCGUCGGGACGAGCGACGCCCCGCGCCCCCUCCUCGCCCACCGGCAAUGCUCGCGCUCCCGACAUCCGGUGGGCGCUUCGAGUCUUUUCAGGCGCCGCCUCGGGACUUCGCCGCCACCUCCGCUCGCGGGAGCAGGCCGCCCCCGCGCAGCUACAUCCUCCGCGCGCGCCCCUGGAUGAAUUCGGACGGGAUUUUCUGUCGCCGACUCCGCGGCCAGACGCGGAUCGCCCCCUUAUCUCCCCAGCUCCGCUAUCAGAUUCUAAUGAAUGCGCUCAUCUCGGAGUUCUACCGCCUGAUAUUCACUAAUCCAAGAUCUCCCCCUCCCCGGCACUUCGGUCCAUUCUCCGCCCCGCGCGACCUCACCGCCAACGUCUCGCGCGGCGCUUGCAAUCUCACGCUCUGCAGCGGCGAAGCCCCGAGGUCUUCAGCGAACUUUGCAGUUGACAAAGCCCUUGCCAAGUCGAGAUCAUUCAUGCUUGCAAAGCACGCCCUUGCGACGCAAAAAGUCGUCGCCUGA